AUGAGUCCGGCCGUGGACCAGCCAUGGACCAAGUCCACGGUGGACCGGCCCAAUGUGUCACCAACAGAAUACGAUACUUUCGACGCGCUGGUAUACUUUGAAGUUGUCGCAGAGGUCCCUACAUAUUGCAUAAUCAAACCCCCUCCCCCCAAAAAAGAAAGAAGCCGUCGCCUUUCACCAAGUUCGAAUUUUUCGGCUUUGGAGGAGGAGACGGCACGAAAGCCAAGCAAACGGAAGAAAACUAGGCCACGCAUUGGCAGAAUCUUUCCUCCUCUUGCGUUUGUGCUGCUCCAUGUCCUCCUCUUGCAGCCAGCCAUGGCUCUGAGCUGUGGCAGGAGGAGGCAGAGAGGGAGGAGAGCCGGCGACGGCGGCGGCGGCCGCCAUUUUCACGUCCACUACCAUCUUCCUCGCCGGGUCUGCGGCGCCUCCUCGCCUCGGUUUAUCUCGCUGCUGUCAGCUUGGGUGCUGGUUCCUCCCGCGCUGUUCUUGGCCGUGCUUGUGUUCCUCGUGUUGUUUGUCUGGUUCACCUUGCUGUAUUUUCUUCGCUCCCUGUGGAACAAGGACGGGAAAGGUGGAUUUUUUGAGAGGGAUAGCGAAGGUCAUGGCCGUGAUGCUGAUGGGCAACAUGGAGAGGACGUUGCAGAAGAAGGCACGGAAGAGAAGAAGGCCAGUCUGAAGGUUUCGUCUGAACUUUUUGCUGGUGACUCUGCUUCAGCUGAAGAUUGUGCUAAAAGGUUUGAGAUAGAAGAGGUGCGUGUUAAUUCUGAUGAGCCUCAAGACAUACAAAGAGGUGAUGAUGAACAACUUAUCGAAGAGGUGAUUAUCUUUGAGAUACAAAGAGGGGCGGAGGCUAUUGUCCAUUCUGAUGGGUUACCAGAAAAGCAUCAGAUACAAGAUUUGCCAAUUGAUUGGUUUGAGGAAGAAACUAAAAGCAGAUAUGGCAUCAAAUCAGGUGAUUCAUUUCCGACUGUACUGUCAGCUAUUACAUCUGAAUUUCAUGAUUUUUCUGUCAAGAAUGGGGUGGAAAGGUUGACCAUGGAUUUUCUUGAUGAAAGGAAUCAAAAGGAGGCAGUAUUGCUUGAUACAUCAUCUCAUUGUGGUAUCGGGAAUAAUCAUUGCAAAUACAGUGAAGAAUAUUUUGACGAUACGGAGAUACCUGCUCCUAGUUCAUCUGAAAUUUCUGAUUUUAUCGACAAGCAUGAAACAAGGGAGGUUGUUCUUGAUGAUUGUGGGAAUGAUGAUACCUUAAUAGUGUUGGCCUCUAAAGAUGGUUCAGCCCAUGAUGCAAUUCUCUAUGAUCAUAAGGAUAAUACCUCAGAACAAAAGGAUCAAAAUAAUUUAGCAGGAUUGGUUGAUAGCGUUGUAGUUCUUUUUAAUCAGCAGGAAGAAAUACAGAACGCGAUCGUUUCUGAUGACAGCAGGAUACCUGAAGCUCUGCUCAAUAUAGAAUCAUCAAGUAUUGCAUCUACAUAUUGUGACUCUUCUGACAAGCAUCAGAAUCUACAGGAGGUGCCUGAUAGUUUGGCAAGUGGAGAUAACAUUGAUGAGGUUGCUUCACUGCAGAGUUCAGUUCCUGAGAACGCUGAAGAUAAAGACGAGAGAAGUAAUGCUAAUUGUAUUUCCGAGGGAGCGUCAUAUGGAAACCGAAUGCCACUUGUUAGGAGGUCCCCAGCACCAUGGUGGAAUUUAUGUGGAGUAAUUGAUGUGUUUGCUGGAUGUAAAGAUUGAAUUGAGAUGUUGAAAGGUCACAGGUGGAACUUGAUGUCUACAGAAUACUAGAGAUGGUCAACAUAAUCCUGUGUUGAUAUUUAGAAGUAUUUAAAUGUUUGGGUUGCGGUAUUGAAUUGUUUAUAAUGAGGCUGCUUACUUUUUGGGUGUAUAUAUAUUUUUGGAAGAAUGCCUAAUUAGUUUUUGACAUGAUUUGGUUCAUUGGUUUUGUUUACUACUUGAGAGUGUUUUUCUUUGUCAAGAAAGAAAACUUCAACUCAAUGUAAUUAAUUUUGGAAGGGAAGUGGAAUGGGAAUGUUUGUUGACUUAUUGUAUACUACUCCCUUCGAUUGUUUUUAA